AUGAUGAGCCAAUCAAAGCAAAAGCCAUGUACGUGCUCUUCACUCUCCUAUGGUGAGAGGGACCCAGAAAGGCUAUGUGAGAUUCUGUUGGAGCGUGAGGACCAAACUCUGAGAUUGGAACUGGAGAGAGUAAUGAUAGGCGGUGGUUUGGCUUUUCUAGUAACUUUGACUACCAUUGUGUUUGAGGUUGAGGGGAACAACUGUCUUGGCACUAACCAAACCAAGAGAGAGAGACUUUAUCUUCCUUUCAUGGGUAAGGUCCAACUCUUCUCCUCAGAUUUGGACUUCAAAUUUAAUUUGGAAAAGAUUGGAGAUUUAGAAGGAGCUUAG